CGCGCGGCGGCUGCUCCUGGGCUGGGCGCGGAGGCCGGGCGCGGCGGGGGCUGGCCGUGCGUUGGGCGCCAGGCCCGGGGCUGUGGGCACAGUGCCCAGCCCCCGGCGCACGCCGAGCCGCCGCUGCUGCAGUCGGCAUCCAUCAGCGGGCGGGGGUGUCACGGAACAGGCUGCUCCGCAGAGCUCGCCGCGCACCCCGCCCCGAGGCCUGCCACCCGGAGGAGCCGAGGGGGCGCCCCACACCCAGACUUCCCGAGAUGGGGACCUCCAGGCUCAGGCGUGCUGGUCACCAUGACAACAGAGACAGGCCCCGAUUCUGAGGUGAAGAAGGCUCAGGAAGAGGCCCCGCAGCAGCCUGAGGCCGCCGCUGCCGCUGUGACCACCCCAGUGACCCCCGCAGGCCACGGCCACCCGGAGGCCAACUCCAAUGAAAAGCAUCUGCCCCAGCAGGACACUCGGCCUGCUGAACAGAGCCUAGACAUGGAGGAGAAGGACAAUGGGGAGGCUGACGGCCUGUCAGAGAGGACCACGCCCAGCAAGGCCCAGAAGUCGCCCCAGAAGAUUGCCAAGAAAUACAAGAGUGCCCUCUGCCGAGUCACUCUGCUCGACGCCUCUGAGUAUGAGUGUGAGGUGGAGAAACACGGCCGGGGCCAGGUGCUGUUCGACCUGGUCUGUGAGCACCUCAACCUGCUGGAGAAGGACUACUUUGGCCUGACCUUCUGUGACGCCGACAGCCAGAAGAACUGGCUGGACCCGUCCAAGGAAAUCAAGAAGCAGAUCCGGAGCAGCCCCUGGAAUUUUGCCUUCACAGUCAAGUUCUACCCCCCUGACCCUGCCCAGCUGACAGAAGACAUCACAAGAUACUACCUGUGCCUGCAGCUGCGGGCGGACAUCAUCACGGGCCGGCUGCCCUGCUCCUUCGUCACGCAUGCCCUGCUGGGCUCCUACGCCGUGCAGGCCGAGCUGGGCGACUACGACACCGAGGAGCAUGUGGGCAACUACGUCAGCGAGCUCCGCUUCGCCCCGAACCAGACCCGAGAGCUGGAGGAGAGGAUCAUGGAGCUGCACAAGACCUACAGGGGCAUGACCCCCGGAGAAGCGGAAAUCCACUUCCUAGAGAAUGCCAAGAAGCUUUCCAUGUACGGAGUAGACCUGCACCAUGCCAAGGACUCUGAGGGCAUUGACAUUAUGUUAGGCGUCUGCGCCAAUGGCCUGCUCAUUUACCGGGACCGCCUGAGAAUCAACCGCUUCGCCUGGCCCAAGAUCCUCAAGAUCUCCUACAAGAGGAGUAACUUCUACAUCAAGAUCCGGCCUGGGGAGUAUGAGCAGUUCGAGAGCACCAUUGGCUUUAAGCUCCCAAACCACCGGUCGGCCAAGAGGCUGUGGAAGGUCUGCAUUGAGCACCACACGUUCUUCCGGCUGGUGUCCCCCGAGCCCCCACCCAAGGGCUUCCUGGUGAUGGGCUCCAAGUUCCGGUAUAGUGGGAGGACCCAGGCGCAGACCCGCCAGGCCAGCGCUCUCAUUGACCGGCCCGCACCCUUCUUCGAGCGUUCCUCCAGCAAACGGUACACCAUGUCCCGCAGCCUUGAUGGAGCAGAGUUCUCCCGCCCAGCCUCGGUCAGUGAGAACCACGACGCAGGACCUGAUGGUGACAAGCGGGAGGAAGAUGGCGAGUCUGGGGGGCGGCGGUCAGAGGCUGAGGAGGGAGAGGUCAGGACCCCCACCAAGAUCAAGGAGCUAAAGCCGGAGCAGGAAACCACGCCGAGACACAAGCAGGAGUUCUUAGACAAGCCAGAGGACGUCUUGCUGAAGCACCAGGCCAGCAUCAACGAGCUCAAGAGGACCCUGAAGGAACCCAACAGCAAACUGAUCCACCGGGAUCGAGACUGGGAGCGGGAGCGCAGGCUGCCCUCCUCGCCCGCCUCCCCCUCCCCCAAGGGCACCCCUGAGAAAGCCAGUGAGUCCCAGAGGACCCAGGACACCUCUCAGCAGGAUUUGGCACCUGAGCCUGGGACGGCCACAGGCUUGGAAGUGUUCACUCAGAAAAGCCUCGCAGCGUCUCCUGAGGGCUCAGAGCAUUGGGUAUUUAUAGAGAGGAAGUAUGCUAGGCCAGAAGAGCUCAGCCUUCCGAAAGUGGCCGCCACGCAGCAGGAAGAAAGUGAGGCAGGCCUCGCAGAUAUCCUUGCUGAUGGCAGACUCUCCAAGGUGGACGUCCUGGUGGACAAGUUCAAAGUUGAAGUGGCCACGGAGGAGAUGGUGGGAGCCAGAAGAGCAAACGCCCGGCAAAAACGAAGGAUGAUCGCAAGCCCUGAAGACUUUGAGUCCAUGUGGGAGGAAGGCCCCUGGGCCAGGGACGGCCCGGAGGGGGCUUCUCCAGCUGCAGGCUGCACACUGGCAGAAAAGCUCCUUGAGGGCUCCCAGCUCAGAGUGGGCACCGGGGAGGCAACCAUCAGGAAGCGCCGGGUCUCGGGCCAGCUGGAGGGCCACAUGGAGCGGAGGAAGGAGCUGGAGGAGGUCCAGACUGGUGAAAGACCCCCUGUCCCAGGGACCAGGCCAGCUGAGGCGGAUGUCCCCUCUCCAGCCUCUGACAAGGAAGGACUUCAGUCGUUUCUGCUGGACCCAGCCCAUGCGGAAGCCAGAGCCGACUCCAGUGAUGAAACAGAUACUUCCUUUGCAGAGAGGAGCUUCUAUUUCAACUAUGGAGAGGAAGAUAUUGAAGACCAAAUCCUCCCUCCGCUGCUGGAGGAGCAGGAAGAGCACCUGGAAGCCCCUCCCAGAGGCAGGGCUGGGCUGAAGCUCUUUGAGGAGCUUGCAGAGAGCUCUGAGCUGAAUUCCUCAGACCAGUGGGGCUCUCCUGCAGCUUCCAGAAGGAGCAAGUAUGAAGCAGGUAAAGCUCACACAGCUUUCUUAGAGGAAGGGGCGGAGCCCCCCAGGGACCACGGGAAACCAGACCACCCGGAGGCCUUUGACGAGCAGCACGGUACUGGAUCUUCGCCAGGGCAGAUGUUCGCUGAGGACUGGGAAGAAGCUGGGUGGGGGGUGGAGGGAGAGUUCACCCACCCAGCAUCCACCAUCACUGCGGAGGAAGAGGCCCCCAGGAGUCAAGAGUUGAAGGGAAAGGCUGAGAAAAGUCCCCCAGCAGGUCGGAAGAACCACUCGCCUCACAGAGGAGGGCACAUGUGCCCAGACCUCCCGGCCUGCACCCCUCCGUGGAAGCCAGCCAAACUGGGUGGAGGCAACUUCUUGCCCAAAGACAGGGGACCCGUUCACAUCCAAACAGGAGAACCUGUGAUGGAGGACAGCAGGGUUCAUGUGCCAUUUCUGCAGAUGGAGGUGAUCAGCCCCCUCCCAACCUCUCCUGGUCCCUUUCAGGCACAGGCACCUCCUGAGGAAGCUUCUCCGAGCCCAGCCCCAUCUAGGUCAGGGGAGCCUUUGCAAUUUGGGGAUCCCUUUGGAGAACAGUCCCCUGAGUUUCUAAAAGAAAGUCCAGAGCCCAAGCACCACGUAGAGCCUGUGGCACCUCUGCACAGAGGUGAGCGCAAGGCACCCCCUGUUGCCAGCAGAAAGCCCAGAGUUGUCCUUGAGGAGAUUGAGAGGGCUGCACCCCUGGGGUUGGGGUUCCCUUCAGGGAAGCCAAAGAUGACUCCUUUCCAGGCUGGGGGCCAAGAGGGCUCCCUGGAAGAUGUUAGCAAGACCUCAGUGGCCAAUAAAAUUUGGAUCUUUGAGACUCAUGGAGCGGAAAGCCGUCGAGUAAGUCAGGGUGAAACGUGGGCCCUUCAACGUGAGCUGCCUUCGGAGGCCUCCCUGGGGCAGGUAGAGCAGCAGCGGAAUAAGCUUUUAGACCUGGGCUUCGUCCAGCUCCAGCCCCCAGGGGACCUCACUGGCCCCGAUGCCACGCAUUCUUCCUCAGUGAUGUCACCUGCUACCAGGCACUUCAGAGAGAGUGUUUCUACCACAUCCCACCAGGAAGGAUGCAUGGAAGUCGAGCUCAUGUCCCCCGAUUCGGGCUGCGAAACCACGCUGGAGGAAACUACAGGGGGAGCUGGCCACAACAAAUCCGGAGACACCGUCAGGGAAGAGAAGCACCUCACCACUUUAGCAGCAAACCCCCCCGGGAAAGGGGGGCACCUGAGACUCGCCAGCCCCUCAGGCCCUCAGAGAGCAGGGCUGAGGGAGGGCUCGGAGGAGAAGGUCAAACCGCCUCGCCCCAGGGCCCCAGAGAGUGACACGGGAGACGAGGACCAGGACCAGGAGAGGGACGCAGUGUUCCUGAAGGACAACCACCUGGCCAUUGAGCGGAAGUGCUCCAGCAUCACAGUCAGCUCCACGUCCAGUCUGGAGGCUGAGGUCGACUUCACGGUCAUCGGCGACUACCACGGCAGCGCCUUCGAAGACUUCUCCCGCAGUCUGCCCGAGCUCGACCGAGACAAGAGUGACUCAGAAACAGAGGGCCUGGUGUUCUCCCGGGAUCUCAGCAAGAGGGGCCCCAGCCAGGAUGACGAUUCCGGGGGCAUGGAGGACAGCCCCGACCGAGGGGCCUGCUCCACCCCGGACAUGCCCCAGUUUGAGCCUGUGAAAGCGGAAACCAUGACUGUCAGCAGCCUGGCCAUCAGGAAGAAGAUUGAGCCAGAGGCUGUGCUGCAGACCAGAGUCACUGCUGGGGACACCCAGGUUGAUGGGACCACCCCAGGGGGGAAGGAGUUCCUAACAACUACACCCUCCAUCACCACGGAGACCAUAUCGACCACCAUGGAGAACAGUCUCAAGUCCGGGAAGGGGGCAGCUGCCAUGAUCCCAGGCCCACAGACGGUGGCCACGGAAAUCCGUUCUCUUUCUCCGAUCAUCGGGAAAGAUGUCCUCACCAGCACCUACGGCGCCACUGCGGAAACCCUCUCCACCUCCACCACCACCCAUGUUACCAAAACUGUGAAAGGAGGGUUUUCCGAGACGAGGAUCGAGAAGCGAAUCAUUAUCACUGGGGACGAAGAUGUUGAUCAAGACCAGGCCCUGGCUUUGGCCAUCAAGGAGGCCAAACUUCAGCAUCCUGACAUGCUGGUAACCAAAGCUGUCGUAUACAGAGAAACAGACCCAUCUCCGGAGGAGAGGGACAAGAAGCCACAGGAAUCCUGACCUCUGUGAAGAGAUGCUGGCGUUUCUGGUCCAUCCCAAGCCAGAGAACCGUUAAGAAGGGGCCUUCGUUCUGGAUUCUCCAACUGAACACCGACGUCCCAGCUGCGACGUACUGUCACUGAUGAGAGACUGGGAAAGGAAAAGCAUAUAAAUAUAUAUAUAGAUAUAUAUAGAUAUAGAUAUAUAUACAGGAAACACUGCGUCCUUGCACUGCUUCUGGGGGCUGGCCAAGCCGUCGGCCAACUGCAGCAACCAACAUCGGAACAGCUACAUUUCCUUUGCAGACAAAUGGAAGAAUUGAUGGGAUUUUUCAGGGAAAAAAAAUUAUAAUGCCAGUAGUCCCUCGCUGUCCUCUUCGAAGCCCUGUGGAACAACAUAGGCACGCCGGACCACGAUGACUGUGGAGGUGCAGUAUGACCUGCAUGUCACACCUAGUGGACGAACGUUCCGUUUGUUCUGCAGCGUCUGUUGCCCACGCAAGUGCAAAGGAAAAACCCUUUUGCAGCAAAGCAAGAUAAAUCGCAGCAGCAAGACACACACCGUCAACCGUUUUCCGAGAGAGAAAGAAAAUUCCCCACAUGGAAAGGAGGAGGAGGAACACUGGGUCAUUCCUUCAUGGGUCUCGACACUGGGCUGCAAAAUCCACCUUCCUUUCUUCUGCCUCCCCUCCCCUUCACGAGUCUUGUCGUCAUUUUCUGUCUCGGCUCCCUCCUCCUUCUCUCCCAACCCUGUCCCCCUCACUGUCUGUGUCCUGGCCCUGCUGAGGGCCACUGCAAAUGACUCUCAUUUGAAACGAGGAAAGAAAAAAAGAAAAGAAAGCAGGAACAGAAAACCAAGCCACAGGAAGGGAAGUAGACAUUGUAUGUUUAUGGGUUCUCAUUAUGAAGGUGCAGCUUGUAGGAGAUUUGUAUGGAUGUGCUUUUAAGUUAUGUAUAUUACAUAUAACGGGAAACAAAUAUUAAAAUAAACAGUGCUGGUAAGUAUGAAGCUGACAUUUUAAAAUUAUAAUUAUCUGACUGUGAUUGAUGUAUCCCAAGGUUCCUAGAUCUCACUGAACUGGCCCGGCCGAGGAGACCUGGACUCUGGCUGCAGGAGACAACGGUUCAGUGUAGUAAUACAGUGUGUGAUGUUCGUCAUUGGUUGAUUGGUGGGGAGGGGAGGGGUCCCCAAAUGGAGAGACUGGGGUUUGGCAAGAAGGAAGCAACACAGGUGUAGUCCAAGAUGCCUUCUCCCCUGAGCAGUGGUGCAGGGCCUGGCCUGUGCCUGGCUGUGGGGUCCAGAGUUAGGAUUUUGCUGCAGACCCCCUGACUCAGUCCCCCCACCUCCCUAGGGGGCUUGCCCCAGUUUCAGUCCUCUAUUUUUUUUUUUUGCCACAUGUCUUGCCUUUCCCCCAACCAAAUUGUGACAACUAACUCCCAUCCUAAGGGGGAUGGCGCCCCCUAGCCAUUGCAGAGGAUGGUGGCUUUAAUCUGGCUAGCUGAAACCCCCAGCUCAGCCUUUUCCCUUACCAUUCCUGUAUUCUCUCGGAAUCAUUCUCUCCCUCCUGGGCCAAAGCAGCCAUGGUAGACACCGUGAACCCAGGGUAGGCCCUGAUAGGCUGAAAGUGCAUUCCUGAAGGCUUCGCCUGCCCCAGAACAAGCCGAGCAUGAAAGGUGGUGUUGCCCAAAGUCCCCAUCUACGCAUAAGACCCUGGUUUUGGAGGCUCGCCUUCAGUUGGCAUCUGAGCACUGAGCCUGUGCCCUCGAGGCCCCAGAAAUUGCCUCAAGACCACAGACGCCCUUGGAGAAAUCCCAUCAGAAGCCUGGUCCCAAGGCCCUCCCUCCACAAGCAGCUUCCCUGAGCUCAGUGAGUCCCCUUCCGAGGGAGCGUGUUUACCCCUCUGCUGCCCUUGAAUUUCUCAAUCCCAUCUCAUCUCCCCAGUCCAGCUCCUAAAACGGUUGAUAAAUUCAUUGGGCGAAUAUGUAUAUUGAGUACCGACUCGUGCCAGGUACUAUUCAUGGACUGAAAGGGAGAGUGGGGGGAGGGGAGGACAUAGAGGCACCGGGGAAGCCCCCUGGGCCAGCCUUACAUUUCCAGCCGUGGCUGGCCCUUCGGAGAGCAUUUCCACAUUCUCUCCACUUGUUGAACAUUGCCCAGCGAGGCCAGGCUUGCUGAUCAGUUACCCCAAGGACACACAUGCUUAGCUCCUCAGUGGGUGCUGACCUGAGGCAGGACAAGAAAUCAGAAUAGCUUUCCCCCGUGGACAAAAAUGGGAUAGAGAGAGGGCAGAGAGCCCUGAACCUGGCGAUCAGAGGGCAGGGUCAGCCGCAUCCCCCUGGAGCAGGCCAGUGGUCCAUUCCAGCUCCCAGGGUGUGACAGCACACUUUUCAUGCACCGGGUUCUCUUCACACUCCUGGUCAAAGAAGUGCGGGACCUCCUCUUCGUCCUUCUCAACUCGAGAACUCCCACUCUUUCUGGGCUAAGAGCUGGACUGGCUCCACCCUCUCUGGGCUACCCAGAAUUCAGCUCAGAUACCCCAUCUCUGUGAGAACCAGGCAUUCUGAACAUACUUCAGAGGGAGAAUAUUUUUUCUGGGUCCACCACCUGCCCACAGACCCUGGGAGUGUGGCUUCAGUGCAGGGAUGAGGCGACCAGGCUUAGCUCAUGGGCCAGCCAGCAUCUGUGGAAGUCUCUGUACCAUACGUGCUCUGACCUUCCUUCCACGGACAGGCAAGCGGUGCCACCAGGGAGGAGGGGAGUUGCAAAGCUAAAAUCUAGGGCACUGUUCCCUCCCCAUGCUCCUCUUCAUAGAGAAUAUAGACGUUUGUCUUGUCUGUCUUCAACCUACUUUUCCUUUUUUCUUUUUUAUGUUUCUCACCCUUUCCGUGCUGCCUGUCCACCCAAGAGACCAUGCGGCAUAGUGGAAAACGUCCUGGAGGGCAGUCCAGAGUGCGGGGUGGCCAUCUGCCCUGGCUCGGCACCUAACUCGCCAUGUGACAUCGAGCUAGGCCCGUGCCCUCUUUGGGGCCUCAGUUUCCCCACUUGUAAAAUGAUGAGGAUAAACCAGAUGCUCUCCAGGGUCUUUUUCCGCUCUCCCAUCCUACAGAUUUUCGUUUCAUUUUGUUUCUCGGGAUCUUUUCCAUCUGAGGGUACAGGAAGCGCCAGGACCUGUUUCAGUCUUUGAAUCCAGCAAGCACAUUCCAAGACUGGCCUGAAAUUGCAUGAGCAACAUCACUCAAUUUUUUUUUCCCAAAGCACCUUACCAACCAAUGCAAUGCUGUCCUGUUCCUUUUUAUGCACACCCCUCUCUCCUCUCUGGUCUCCACGCUUCCCCACCUCAGUGCUCCGUGCUGUAUGCGUGUGCUCUCUGUUCUUGUAUACUCAAUAAAAGUGAAAUAAAUGUGUUUGAUGCUGAACCACAAA